AUGGGUGGACAAAACUCAAAAGAAACUAUUACUAAAUCAACAAUGGGUGCCACUGCAAGUGCAUUAGCCUUAUCAACAUCCAUGUUACGAAGAGAGCAUAUGGCUGAAAACUAUGUGGUCAUCUGGAUGGAUGAACAUAUUGAUACAACAAAUAAAGAUUAUAAACAUACACUCGCGGAGUUUCGUGAUGUUGUCAAUCAAGUAAAUAUUCGCACCACAAGGAAACAGUGUAUUCAAUGGCUCAAUGAAAAUAAUACAGAGACCUCAUUUGUUAUCUCUUCUGGUGCACUUGGACAACAGCUCAUACCAGACAUUUAUGGCAUUUCACAAGUUGAUUCCAUCUACAUUUUUUGCGGCAGUAAACGAUGUCAUGAAGCCUGGAUCAAAGAUUGGACGAAAAGUAAAGGUGUGCAUACUUCAAUCAAGCUCAUCUGUGACGUAUCAAAAAUGGCUGUCAAGUAA